AUGAGUUCUCAGCCUGGACUUCGUCGGCGAGACUGGACAGCAGGCCAUGGACUGCGAAAGGUUCUUGAUGCCACAACGAACGCGUCCGAGCCAAAGCCAAUUGCUCAUCCCCCAACCGAUCCAGCAGCCAUAAAAGAAACCUGCGACUCCUUCACAUUCGCCUCGUUUACGGAAGAAGAUGCCUGGGAACUCGGCCACCUCCUCUACGCGCGCCUCCUCCCAUUUACACCAAAGGAGUCUUGCUUGAUUUCAAUAACGCUCGCCGGCACCGGCCAAGUCGUCUUCCAAGCCGUCUGCGGCCCGAAUACAAUGAAGGACAACGAGAACUGGGUAGCUCGGAAGCGCAAUGUGGUGCUGCGGUGGUCGGGAAGUACGUGGUACUGGAACCGGGUAUUUGACGGUGGAGAUGAGGAUAAGUUUCGCCAGCUUUUUAGUAUGAGUAUGGAGGAAUCGACCCGGUAUGCUAUUCAUGGUGGGGGCGUGCCGAUUCGCGUGGAGGGCGUUGCUGGGAUUGUUGCGGUCGUUUGUGUUUCUGGGUUGAAGCAGGAGGAGGAUCAUGGGGUUAUUGUGGAGGUUAUUAAUGAUAACUGGUGUUAG